UGUGCCUGGACAGAACAGUGAGAGAAAGAGAGAGUUCUAGUGCUUCAUAGUAGAAGAGGGAUGUCUAUGUUUCUUUUUGCUUCUCCUGGGGUGUCUGAGCUCUGAAACUCUGUGGAUGUGGACACGCUACUUGUUUAUGCCCCUCAGCCGGGCAAAUAUGCCUCAGCCGCCUGUCUUGGUUACAGUCUGUCUGCUGGGCUGCUUAUUUACAGGCGGUGCUUUGGACAUCUCAGACGUGACGCUGAUAAAUCCAGAUCCCAUAAUGUCUUCAGCAGAUGCGUCUCUUCUGUGUGUGAGCAGCGACUGGGCGUCCUCCGGUCCAUCCUCGCUCGCUCUGGACCACGAGUUCUCUCUGCCUCAACAACACCUAGUCUCCACAGCAGAGAGUACAUACCGGUCUGCAACCAGAGCGUCCUGGAAGAUACGCAGUGGAAUAUUUGGGGCUUUCUAUUGUGAGAUUAAAAACUCAAACAGUGGCAAGGUGUACACGUACAAAAUGCUAAGUGAAGUAUCGUUUCUUCCCGAGGCACUGACAGUGACAGCCAGCAUCGGAGAUAACGUGACCAUCUCGUACAGGAGGAAAAAGGUGGCUGCAGAAGACACUAUGAUCUAUAAGGAGGUGUUGCAAUCCUUUAAGAAUGCCGGGAACAAAGACUUGGCUUUCGCUCACUCCGUACCCAAAGAGGACAUCAUGGAUUCUGUUCCCUACCUCAUCAGUGACGUGAAGAGAUCCCACGCAGGACUGUACACCAUUCGCUACAUGUCAGAAGGCCCGUCCACCUCCGCCAUCACUCAUCUCAUCGUCAGGAGCUGCCAGGCAGGCAUGUGGGGUUCUGACUGCACUAAACUCUGCCCAGCGUGCACUAACGGAGGAGUGUGUGAUGAUAAAACAGGAGAGUGCAUCUGUCCCCCUGGGUUCAAGGGUCCCACCUGUGAAACAGUGUGUGGCGAAGGCCGUUUUGGGAAGACGUGUAAGGAGCGCUGUAUGGAUGGAGAGUGUCGCUCUCUGGUGUUCUGCCUCAGAGACCCGUACGGCUGCUCGUGCGCCUCAGGGUGGAGAGGACUGAACUGCAGCGAACCGUGUGCACCCGGAUACUACGGAGCUGGCUGUAAACUGAAGUGUGUGUGUGACAUGAGAGGUUAUUGUGACCGCUUCAGAGGGUGUGUGUGUGCUGGAAGGCAUGGCGCUCGAUGUGAGAAAGAAGUCAAAGCUCCAGACAUCGUAAGCAACCUGAAAGACACAGAGCUGAACUCUGGAGCACCGUACGCCGUGAACUGCUCCGUCAACAGCAAGCCGGCACCUUUACAUGGAGAAAUCAUCCUGCUCAGACCAGACAAGAACAUCGUAUACCCUGCGGACACGGAGACGGUGGAUCACCAGAGUACGUCCAUGUUCAGGGUGGACGGGAUCACGAGGGCUGACGAUGGGCGCUGGGUGUGUCAGGUGAACACCACCGGUGUUCGGGUGGAGAAAGGCUUCAGCGUCAGAGUGAAAGUUCCUCCGCAGCCCCAGUACCCACCUUCCCUGAACAGCAGUGGGCCGUACCAUCUCCUAGUGCAGGUCAAUAAGGAUCAGUACACUGGGGACGGACCGAUCACCUCAGUAAAUCUGACCUACAAGCAGGCCAAUGUGUCCACCUGGGAGACGGUUGAAGUGAUUGGUUCUCAGGUGAAAUUGGAGAAUCUUUACCCCAUGACUCAGUACGUUGCAUUUGUGCAGUUAAGUCGAGAAGGACCCGGAGGGAGCGGAAAUCCAGGACCUCUGGCGAUCUUCUACACACAGAAGCUUGAUCUGUCCCUGCCUACAGGGCUGAAACUAACCCCGCUGAAUCAGACCUCCCUGAUACUUUCCUGGGAUUCUGCCCCUGUCACGGAUCUGGCUAAAGACGACUGGUGUUAUAACGUGGUGUGUGAAGAGGCGGGCAGCGUAAACAGCGCACAGCCCUUCAGCCUGCCUCUAAACUCCACCAGCCUUCAGCUACACCGACUGAAACCCAGACACAAGUACAAGUGCAGGGUCAGUCUGAGCAGCAGGGCAGCAGACCAGAUCUGCCCCACGGUCAUCGCCUGGACCCUCAGCGAUGAACUUCCCCCUGCUCCGUCCGAUGUCUCCGCGUCCAACAUCACCGACUCCUCGGCCGUCCUCGGCUGGUCCGUCGCCGAGGGCCACUCCAUCUCCAAGGUGAUCAUUCGGUACCAGGAGGCAGAGGAGGCGCCGUACAGCCAGCGGGUGGAUCUGGGGGUGCAGCCUUUCCAGAAUAACAUGCACUUCAUGGUGAGGGGUUUGAGGGCUGACACUGAGUAUGUGCUGAUGCUCUGGACUAUUAACAACAUGGGAGAGAGCAAGAAGAAGGAGCAAGUCUCUUUGAGGACACUAACGGUUCAGGAGAGCUCACGGCUGUACGGCUUCAGAGCUGAUGGAAACAUGCUGUUUUAUGCCAUUCUGGGUUCUGCUGGAAUGACCUGCCUCACCAUCCUGCUGGCCUUCUGCAUCGUGCUGCAGCUCAAGAGAGCCAACUUCCAGAGACGCAUGAGAGAGGAACCCGUGGUCCAGUUUAGCUCGGGGUCCUUAAACACUCAGAAGAAAGUGACGAGCUCGACGCAGGCCGUGUCGUAUCCCAUGCUGGAGUGGAGCGACAUCAAGUUCCAGGAUGUGAUCGGAGAGGGAAACUUCGGCCAGGUGCUUAAAGCUCGCAUCAAGAAGGACGGCCUGAGGAUGGACGCCGCCAUCAAGAGGAUGAAAGAAUACGCUUCUAAAGAUGAUCACAGAGACUUUGCGGGUGAGCUGGAGGUGUUGUGUAAACUGGGUCAUCACCCCAACAUCAUUAACCUGCUGGGAGCCUGCGAGCACCGAGGUUAUUUGUACCUGGCUAUCGAGUUCGCUCCUCACGGCAACCUGCUUGAUUUCCUGAGGAAAAGUCGCGUGCUGGAAACAGACCCGGCCUUCGCUAUCGCUAACAGCACGGCCUCCACGCUGUCCUCACAGCAGCUCCUACACUUCGCUGCCGACGUUGCUCGAGGCAUGGACUACCUGAGCCAGAAACAGUUCAUCCACAGAGAUUUAGCAGCCAGAAACAUCCUGGUGGGUGAAAACUUUGUGGCAAAAAUUGCCGAUUUUGGGCUUUCGCGAGGACAAGAGGUGUACGUGAAGAAGACUAUGGGCCGAUUACCUGUGCGAUGGAUGGCCAUAGAAUCUCUGAACUACAGUGUUUACACAACCAACAGUGAUGUGUGGUCAUAUGGAGUGCUUCUCUGGGAGGUGGUGAGUUUAGGCGGGACGCCGUACUGUGGCAUGACCUGCGCUGAGCUUUAUGAGAAACUGCCUCAGGGUUAUCGCCUGGAGAAGCCUCUCAACUGUGACGACGAAGUCUAUGAGCUGAUGAGGCAGUGCUGGAGAGAGAAGCCUUACGAGAGGCCGUCGUUCGCUCAGAUCCUGGUGUCGCUAAACCGCAUGCUGGAGGAGAGAAAGACAUACGUGAACACGACGCUGUAUGAGAAAUUCACCUACGCCGGAAUCGACUGCUCUGCCGAAGAAGCCGGCUGAUAUUUCGUCUCCCUGUGCGGCCGCUUUGCUGCUCGCUCGGACAUGUAUUGUCGAUUUUAUAUACGAUCCUGUGAUCAGGAUUCACGGACUAGAAACAUUACUAAUGUGAUUACUUCCCCAAGUAUCGCAUCAUACAGCUGUGUAUUCUCGGUGUGUGUGUGUGUGUGUGUGUGUGUGUGUGUGUUGUCCUGAUGCUGAGCGAGCGAGUGUGAUGUUCUGCGGUCUGAAAACUGCCCAAACUGUAGAUAUGUGUUCACAAUCCUAAGCUGGACGUGGCAGCCAUUUUGAAUGUGACGGUUGCUGUAUAUUGGGCAUUGUGUAAACAUUUUGGAGAACUUUUUCGAUAGCUUUUAAUGGACCAAUAAACUUCUUGUUGUGAAAUUCUGCUGCUCGGGGAAGAGGAUUGUGAAAUACUGCAACGCUACAGAUUAGAAAAAUAUGACACACUUGGAGAGUAAGAGCAUUUAACUCUAUUAAAUCAUCCUCUGCUUCCUUUAUUCAUCAAAUCAUUCAUCGAGCAGUAGAUCACUUACACUUUCCUGUUAUUGUCGUUCACACUGCAGUUAUUUUUGCGCAGGUCUCGUGCCUCAUUAUUCUUGGAUAUUUAAGCUGAUUAAGUGCUUGAAGACAAAACCUAUGAUUAGUCUGCGAGCUCAGCACUUACUGCGAAGGUCAGAAGUUCAUAUCCACAGACUUCCACAGAGCUACUGUUUGGCUUUAUAAUCUUGCUACACUGUAACUCACAGACCAUCAGAAGCUCAACACGCUCAUAGGAGAGCAUUAACUCCCUUAUUGGUUAUAUACAUGAGAUGCCUGGGCUUCAACCUUCUUAGAAUAAAUAAAUAAAUAGAUAGAUAGAUAGAUAGAUAGAUAGAUAGAUAGAUAGAUAGAUAGACAGAUAGACAAAUAAAUAAAUUCUUGAAACUGGAAGUAUAUUCUAGAAAAGUUCUCCAUCAAGUGACCACAACACAUGUGAGAUGGAUCUGAAGCCAAGCCAAGCUUUUUUCCCCCCUGAAGAACUUACCCUAAAAAUGGUUUCUAAGAACGUUAAACCAUUCCGUGCCAAAAACACUGAAGUUUUUAUGAUAGUAAAUGCUUGCACAACAGAUACGUUUAUGAGCGUUCUGUUAGGCGAGGAAUAACCCGAGCAGUCGAACGUGCCACUUUAACAUCAUAAAAAGUUUAAUAACGACUGUGAUGUUGAUGAGUUGCUCUCAGAUUCUUCACCAAAUCACAAGACGCUAAAAAAAUAAAAAACGACCAAAACUAUACAUAAAAAUUAAAAUAGGCUAGAAGCAAAAAACUUUGACUCAAAACCUUCAUCUAAAUUGCUGAUAAAAGUAAUGAAAUUAAAUCUAUGAGCUUAAUCAGGUCUUUCUCUCUCGCUUAUUUCUCCUUUACAGUCUCAUAUUAAUGAGUGUCUAGUCUGUGUUUUAUGUAAGAUGAGCUCUGAAAACGUGUCCGGUGUCCAGUGUCGAGGCACCGUCCAUUUUCCCAUACGUCCAUCUGUAAAUACUGCAAAAAAUAUAUCUACAAAAAUAAUAAUAAUAAAUAAUAAAUAAUAUGACGCA